GGCCCGCGGGACCCCGCACCGCCCCGCACCCCGCGCGGUGACACAUUAACCCGCCCCGCCUCUCCCCGGGCACGUGCUGACCCGAGCCCCGCGCGUCGGUGGGAGCGGAGCGCUGCGAGGAUCGCGGCCAUGGCGGCACAGCGGGCGGCGGGCGAGAAGCGGAUCCUGUGCGUGGGGCUGGUGUGCCUCGACGUGAUCAGCGUGGUGGACUCGUACCCGGCCGAGGACAGCGACACGAGGUGCCUGUCGCAGCGGUGGCAGCGCGGGGGCAACGCGUCCAACUCGUGCACGGUGCUGGCGCUGCUGGGCGCUCCCUGCUCCUUCAUGGGCUCCCUGGCACCCGGGCACGCGGCAGACUUCAUCGUGGCGGAUUUUCGGCGCCGCGGCGUGGACGUGACACACGUGGCCUGGCAGCCCCACGGGGACGUGCCCUGCGCCUGCUGCGUGGUCAGCGCCGCCAGCGGCUCGCGGACCAUCGUGCUGCACGACACGAACCUGCCCGACGUCACCGAGCGCGACUUCGAGCGGGUCGACCUGGCUCAGUACAAGUGGAUCCACUGGGAGGCCCGCAACGCGGCGGAGCAGGAGCGGAUGAUGCUCCGCGUGGAGCGACACAACAGCGCGCUGCCGCCCGCGCAGCGCAUCCGCACGUCGGUGGAGGUGGAGAAGCCGCGGGACGAGCUGCUGCCGCUCCUGGCGCACGGAGACGUGGUGUUCAUCAGCAAGGACCUGGCCAAGCACUUCGGCUACGGGACGGCGGCCGAGGCGCUGCGGGGGCUGCGGGGCCGCGUGCGGCCGGGCGCGACCAUGAUCUGCGCGUGGGCCGAGGAGGGCGCCGACGCGCUGGAGCCGGACGGGACCCUGGUGCACGCCGACGCGUUCCCACCGGAGCGGCUGGUGGACACGUUGGGGGCCGGAGACACCUUCAACGCCGCCGUCAUCUUCGCGCUGUCGGGAGGGCAGAGCCUGCGGGACGCGCUCACCUUCGGCUGCCGCAUCGCGGGGAAGAAGUGCGGGAUCCACGGCUACGACGGCAUCGUCUGAGCCGCUCGGUGCCCCCCGCCCCGCGCCCAAUAAAGCUCGCGGACCCCCCCACCGCCGCCUCCUGCCGGA